AAACAAGGCACAGGUCAGAUGUACUACACUCCGACACACACACCUAUUACACCAGCAUUACGGACCCAUUCCUCAGUUACAAAGAUGAACCAGAGACCUCAUGCCUUCUACACCAAGACUAUAUACAAGACUGAACAUUGUCAGCCAUGUGGCAAAAGAAUCAAGUUUGGUAAGAUUGCCCUUAAGUGUCGAGACUGCCGUGCUACCUGUCAUCCUGAGUGUCGUGAAUCUGUGCCGCUCCCUUGUGUUCCUACAGCCAACACUCCAACUACAAAGGGGCAAUUGGGAACCAUUGCUGACUAUACAUCUCGUGUACCCCCAAUGGUUCCAGCCUUGGUGGUUCAUUGUACCAAUGAGGUAGAAAACCGUGGUCUGAGUGAAGUUGGAAUUUAUCGUGUACCAGGAGCAGAAAAGGAUGUGAAAGAACUGAAGGAUCAGUUCCUGCGAGGCAAAGGCAUGCCUAACCUGUCCCAGCUUGAUGUCCAUGUUGUUUGUGGUGCUCUUAAGGAUUUCAUGCGGUCACUAAAGGAACCACUUGUCACCCACCUCCUCUGGCGAGACUUUACAAGUGCCGCAGAAAAGUCGGAGUCCCAAGAUUUCCUUGCAGCUCUCUACCAGGCAAUCUCAGAAUUACCACAGCCUAACAGGGAUACUUUGGCCUGGAUCAUAACUCAUCUUCAAAGGGUAGCUGAAUGUCCUGAAUGCAAAAUGCCAGCCAGCAACCUCGCUAAGGUAUUUGGGCCAACACUUGUAGGAUACUCUGUGCCAGAACCUGAUCCAGCCACUAUGCUGACUGAAACUCGCCAGCAACAACUGGUGAUGGAAAAGUUGCUUGAAAUCUCCACAGACUACUGGAACACUUUCAUUAAUGUUACUGAUGAAAAUGUGUACCAGGGAGUUCAGCAGCUUCCUACACCAGAAGGUGGCACUCUCCUUGGAGGAUUCCCAUCCUCCAACACGCGUCGACGCUCUAUACUUGCUCGUACUCCACUGACUGCCAGGGACACUCCAAAGAACCGCUAUGUCUUCCGGAAGUGAGGUUGCUGAAAUAGGAAUAUCUGGUUUGUUUGAUACAAAUCAAGAUGGACAUAAUAUUAUUUUGUAAAAUUGUAUUACUAGGGCAAUAUGUGCCAAAAGAAAUUGUAUACUUUAACCAUGCUUCUAGUUUAGUUUGUCUUUUGUGUAUAUGUUUCAUUUACUUCAUAUUUGUACACGUGUAAUUGUGUGUGUGUGUGUGUGCGCGCGUAUGAGUCUGUGUGUGUAUGUUCAAGUUUACAUUGUUUUGUCUGAGCAUGCACUUUUGUAAUUGUACAAAAUGAAUGAUGAUUAGAUGCUGAUAUUGUCGUGUGAAGUGGAGAAAUUGAAACUGUGGUAUUAGGACUUGAGCCAUUCCUUUGAAUCAGAAUUGAGCCUAUUAUGAUGUCAUACAAGUUUAUACCAACCACUAAGAGAAAUUUAUCUACUGAUAUUCUAAUUUUAAGAUUCUUCCAAUUAAGUAUUUUCAUAAUAACUUUUACUUUUUGAUGUAUCACUUGUCACAGUUGUACAGACUUUGUUAAUAACCUGUCUUUUUAACCUUAUUACAUCUGGUAUGAACGCAAUAUAUAGUUUUCAAUUAUUGCUAUUAGUCAUAAGACUAAAAACAUUGAAUAUAUACUACAUUUAUUCAUGUAAAUAAUGGACCAGGUCAUAGCCAGACAAAUUCUCUUCAACAGAAAUGCUUUAUUGUGAAGUUGAUUAGAGUCAUUAGUGUUAUUUUUUGUUUGUUUACUAUUUUUCAUCUAUCUACACCAAAGGAGCAUUGUGUGAUAUUCAUGUUUCUUUUAUCUUAUAAAUGUGCAUUGGUGAUACAUUUCACAUUAUGCACAAGUUCCCAGAUAAUCUAUUCACAUUUUUUGUAUUUUUAGGAAACUUCUCUUCUGAAGAAUAUUAUAUAUAUUGUUGGAAA